AGAACAGUAGGUAACAAUUAGUUGGAAAUCUAGCUACAAAGUGUAAUGAAUUCACGCUCCACAACAGUGGGCGAACGCAGCAGGCGGUGGCAUUACCCCCCCUAACGAUUUUUUGCGGACCGCUAUAAUACCAUAGAAGAAGAAGUAAACGGAAGUGAACGGUGACCAAGAGUCAUUUCCACGUUAGGGUUUUGUUAUUUCAAAGUUUUUUUUAACACCCUGGAACUCAAUAUGACAAAUUUAACCACACAGCAUCACAUACCUACCCUAGGUAGUGUUUAGUUCGCGUUGGAGACAAGACUUGGUUGAUAUAUGUUAUCUAGGUAACUCUAGCCAGCUAGUUGCUAACAAUGGCUAACUGUAACGGUAUGGUUUUUCACACUCAAAUAGCCUCCAUCAUGGAGGUGCUAGCAAAUGCAGCCGUAGCAGAGAUCUGUAAAGUCGUAGACGACGACUAUGCAGUGUUUCGUUUGGAAAUGUCUCAAAGCCAGAAAGAAAAUAGGGGAUUGCGGAGGAAACUACAGCUACUAGAACUGAAGGUGGCACGGGAGCGCACAGAGAGGACAAUGCGAGAGCGCGUUUUCGCCAGUCGUCCCAGUACUUUCAACAUCCUAGACCGAUACAGAGGAAUGGCAAGAGGUGAAGGACAUCUCACUGGAGGCUACAGGAGCUUUGUGAAGCCAGCGGGACACAAUACAAGGAGUGAUGACCAACCAAUCACUGUUGAUGAGGGGAGUGGAACCUCAACCCAGAACAUUAUCAUGAUAGAGCCUGCAGGUGCAGAGGCUGCAGACCCUGGAGUCAAACUGGAGAGGUCUGGAGGAGAGGAGGACCCGCGGUACAGCAGAGACAUCCAGACUGGAGCAGCAUCUGGAGUGGUGCCCCCUGUAGCCACGGAGGACCUCACCACCGCCGCUGUGCUCCAGGCCAGGAACCGUUGCAGCAUCACGGAGGAGAAGGGUCCAGAGGUGCUGCUGGUGAAGGAGGAGGGGUGUGAGGAGGUUCUGGGGAACAUGGUCAUGGAGGACAACCAGACUACACCUCCUUCUGAACCCACAGAGGAAACAGCUGAGAAGCACAGGACCACACACAGUCUCACUGAGUCAGUAGACAUGGAGGAUGGGAAGCCUGAUCUAAUGCUGGUCAAAGAGGAGACAAUAGAAGACGAACCAGAGAGCAUUGAUCUGCUGAGUGGACUAAAGAUGGGGGAGCAAGGUGGUUGGCUGGAGGCUAACAGAGGAGACUGGGUGGCCAUCUUGGAUUCCCAGACUCAGACGGGUGCAGCCAAGGGCCCCGGGGAUGAAAACAUUGAGCAGGCCAGGACCAGAGGCGACAUGGCUGAGUCUGCAGACCAUGAGGAACUGUUUAUAUCCGGUGUUGCUGGUGGGAGAGACUGGACCUCUGAUGCGGCCGGUCACAAACCCUGGCCCCAGAUCAGGACCCUGGAUCAGGAGCCGUCACUCUUCCUUCCUGAGUCAGAACCAAGACUGAACCAUGAGGGACAGAGACUCCACCACACAGAAGACAACCAGUGGACAGGUGGACUGAACAACCUCAGUCCUGGUGGUCAUCAGAGAGACAGAGGCUCCAGUCAGGGAUCCAGUCUGCAGUCCAGACCCUCUUCGCAUUCUCGGUGCAGGGAUGAAGCAGGGCCUGGGGCUGAUAGAGAUAGACCCUCCUGUUCCUAUGAUACAAAUACCACAGUAUCCAUGAUGAACAGAGCAGGUCACCCUGGGCUUCAGUCUUCACCGAGAGUAAUGGGAGACCCCCCUGGUGGGAGUCGAACAGGAAGUCUGUCUUCUCCUUCUCAUCUAACCCCUGAUGAUUGGGUUCAUAGAAAGCCUGGACCUGGGUCUAGCCUUCCUCAACUACCUCAUGGUUGCCCCACCAAUACAGACAGGGUCAGGAUGGGUGUUCACCACAAGAAGUAUCUAGCUGAUAACAUGGCACACAAUCCCAACAACACUGAAACAAUGGCUAGAGGUCAAGGAGGGAGCUCAAAGACUAACCAGAUGAGGGUGGUGGCCCCUGCUUCUACCUCCUCUGGUGUCAUUUGGUCAAAACGUGGGAGGCCAAACAUUAAGACCAAUGCUAACAAGCCAUACGCCUGCCCCACAUGUGGGAAGUGCUUUGCUGAGGCGAACUAUGUGAAGAUCCACCAGAGGGUCCACACAGGGGAGAAACCGUUCAGCUGUACCCAGUGUCAUAUGCGCUUCUCAGAGGCUGGCACCCUGAAGAGGCACCAGAGGGUCCACACAGGGGAGAAACCCUACAGCUGCCCUCAGUGUGAGAAAAGGUUCUCCCACCAGCACCAUCUGAAGAGGCACCUGAAGGUCCACACAUGAGAAAGGCCAUUCGCCUUCUCUGAGGUUCUCAGAGAGGAGCUACCUCAGGUCACACCAGCAGAAAAACCAUUACACUUCAUAACAUAAAAUGUAACCAUUCCCUCCUCAGGGUACAGGAAUCACUACUGUAACUCCCUAGUUCCUUAGGGCCACCCAUUAGCACAUUGUCUUCCCAUCAUUGGUGUUAGUGCGGUGACAUACUGCCAACCUUCACUUUCUAUCAUUAGCUUUAGUCCUGCCCUCUAACCUCUCAUUUCCUAUUUGUGUUUUUGAUCUUCUCUUCCUCCAAGCUAACCCUAAAAUAUUUCCACCUCACAUUUAAUAGUUCUCUCCUUUUGCCCCCCUAACCAUGCAUGUACUCUUUGAGGGUGUCUCUUUUUCUGAGUUCCUUUUAUUUGUGUGUACAGAACAUGAUUCCUUUCUCAUCUUUAUCUACCCUCUUAUCUUCCUACUUCAUGCUGCUCAUUGGUUAACUGUCACCGUGGAAGCCCCCAUUGGGCCCACCCCCAAGCCACGCAGCAAAGCUCUGGAUAGGCUCGGUCAGGUGGACCAGAUCCAUAGAGCCAAUCGGGAUGCUUCUUAAUCUUCUCUCAAGACAAAGAUUCAUUUUCAUUACUGUCAACAGAAAAGAUCCACAGAUGCAUUUGGAAUAACGAUAGGGACAGUGUUGAAUAUUCCUGAAUAGAAUAUUACAUCCAGACAUUGUGUGAUAUAAACAGUAUAACGCAUAUAUAAGUCUAAAAGGUAUAUUACAUAGUGUUUGCACUGUGUAGGAUAUAUGAUGUUCACCAAUCCCUAUUUCAUUACAUCCAUUUAACUACUUUAUUUUUUACCGAGACACUUUUAAUGAUAAUAAAUGCAGUUCAUCAAGUUAAUGCAGAUUAUUUUGUUGAGACUUGUAUGUGUGGUUUUCAUAUGGUGUAUUUCAUUUUUUUUUAAUGUUUAAUAAACACAAACUUA